AUGUCUAUUUUUUCAUUAAAUAAAAAUAUUUUUGAAGAAACUCAUAUAGAAAAUACUCAAUUACAAACAGAUCUUUCAAAUUUGCAAUUUCAAUACUUAGUUCAAGAAGAUGAUAAUUUACCUUUAUCUGAAAUAUCUGAAAUUUUUGAAAUUUCAGAAAAUAAUCUUUUAGAAAAUGAGAUUUGGACUGAAGAAGAGCUUUCAAAAUUUAAAAAAUUAUAUUAUAAAGAAAAAGAUACUUUUGAAAAACAAGAUGAUGAUAAUCAAAAAUUAGAGAAUGAAAUAAAUUUAUUACAAAAUAAUGAUUUUAAAACAUCUUUUGAAAAAGUUUGUUGUGAAAAAAAUUGUUUACAAACUCAAGUUGAAUAUUCUGUAGCUUUAAAAAGAUAUUUAAAUUUUAAAAAUCUUUCUAAACCUUUUCAAGAUAUGUAUUUAUUAGGUAUUAUUGCUACUACUAAACGACCAGAAAUAAUUAAAACUUCAAAAAAAUCCAAACUUACUACAGAAUAUAGCUUUGAAGGAAAAUCAAUUUGUAAAAAUGCAUUUAAAACAAUUUAUAGUCUUGGAGAUACUCGAUGGAAAAAUUUAAGAGAUCAUUUUGUAGAAUAUGAUAUAAAUUUACGUAUUGAUUCAAAAACUGGAAAAGUUGGAAAUCGAGCAAUAUCUUUUGAAAAAGUUAUAAAAGUUAUUACUUUUAUAGGAAAUUUUGCAAAGCAAAAUGGUUUACCAUCUCCAGGACGAAGUUUUCGUGAUAAUACUAUUGCAAUUAUAUAUUUACCAGCAGAUACGACAUAUUCAUCUUUACAUAUACAAUAUUUAGAAACAAUUAAAACCAAUAAUCAAUUUGAAGUUGGUUUUACAACAUUUGUUAAAAUUUGGAAAAAAUUUUUACCACAUAUUAAAAAAUUAACUCCACGUAGUGAUUUAUGUUUAAAAUGCAAAAAUAUGAGAUUUAAUGCAAUUUAUUGGUCAAAUGAAGAAAAAGAAACUAAAGUUUUAGAAUGGCAUGAACAUAUUAAAUGGGCAUAUGAAGAACGAGAAAAUUAUAAGUAA